AUGCAAUGGAGUGAUGUCAUCUCCUGCAUCCGCAUGCUUGCACACUUUUCCCGUUUUCUCUCACCGCUGUUCUCUGACCUUCAAAAAGCGGCAGAACAUGAUACAGUUAUCAUCGUCAACGCAAGCCAGCACAACUGCGACGUCUUGAUCAUCUUGAUUGACAAAGAUCCUGCCCACAUUCCACUUGAUAUCACACGAGCUGAGUUCUCCGAGUUAUCCUCCGAGUCCCAGUCACUCACAGCUCAUGCCGGCUCAUCCAAUUUUCAAGCAGAAUCACUCAAGAUCGUUGGUAUCCUACGUAAACUUUGGAAUGUUGUUGUUGGUCCUGUGGUUGUCGUGCUCGAGAAGUUCAUUCCACGUGGCUCACGUGUCUGGUGGUGUCCUGCCGCUGAGUUCACGUUGCUUCCUAUACGUGCGGCAGGACCCUAUGGGCCAGGCACUCAUAACUUUUCUCACUUCUACAUCUUCUCCUACACGCCAGCUUUGGCCACACUCAUUCGCGCGAGACAGCAGGUUUCCAAAGAUGCGUCGGAUAAUCAUUUCGUUGUCAUUAGCCAAGCAAAUUCGGGAAGAGGGCAUACCCUGUGGUGUGUUGCUGAUGAGUUAGCCGUCGUCACUCAGCAUUUAGCGCCCGUCCUAUCCUUUACAUCGCUCGAGGACAGCGAUGCGACUGUUCAAGGAGCCUUUGAUACACUCUGCCAAAACUAA